AUUAUCCUAGUCCGGGAUCGCUGUGUAUUUCUCAAGUUCCGGUUUCAACAGUUGCCAUAAGUCUCCUCCACCGAGCCGUCCAGCGCAUCAAAUCAAAAACUGUGUUUAUUUGCCAAAAAUUAAAAGAUCGACACUUCAAAACUUCCUCUUCAGAUACUAGGUCACUUUCAAUGGGAUAAUACCAACAUAUAACAAUGAACAAAGCAAGAAGGCUUAUCCAUAGAGACAGUGCACCGAUUUUAUCAUUCUCAGGAUUUGGGGCCAAAAAGAAUGCGGAAAGAAGAAAGUCUGAAACAACACGGCCACUACCUCCACAACCAGCACCACAACAAGUUGAUUUACCCAAGUUUUAUGUCAAAGGCAUCAACAGAGAUGGAGCUGAGGAUAUUCUAUACAAAGAACCUGUUGGGACUUUUUUAGUAAGAGACAGAGAAAGUGCAGCAUCCUCUGGUUGCUAUACAUUGUCUUUAAGGCAUAAAGUGGGUCUUAAACACCACAAGAUAGACACUCACCCAUCCACAAACAAACUUAUCAUAGCUGGUUAUGAGCGCUUUCAAUUCGACACGCUCUUAGAGUUAACUGAGUUCUUUGUGAAAAGUCAAAAGAAAGAUAUUGCAUUAGUGCCAUAUGAUCCAGAAAGAGUUUGCAGUAGAAUGAAUAGUAUGACCAUAGAACAGCGACCGUAUGAAGAAAUGGAUGCACCAGAACAUUGUGAUGAUGGUGAAAUGUAUUUAAGAAUGGACGAAGGAUGUUUGCAAGUAGAACCUGAAAUGCACAGGCACACUAACCCUUAUCAAAAUGGGAACAGAACACCACCAGUUCCAAGCAGAAAGGACUUUGGUCCUCAGUCGUAUGAAAACUUAAACAGACCACAAAGAGGUCCUCCUCAACAUCACACUCCACCUACAAGACAAAGGUACAUUGGCUAUGAAAAUAUCCCUGAAAAAGGAACACUACYGUCUCCUAGUGACUCAUCAGCCCCACCCAUUCCUCCUCGAGUUCCCCCAGGCAGUGGCCAGGGAUAUGAAAACAUGCCUGGAAAAUCCCAUUCACUGCCACAAGCAAGAAGCUAUGAAAAUACACCACCAAGAACUUCACCUAGACCAUCCAGAAGCAGUUACCAGAAUGUUUCUGAUAGGUCAUCACGGAGUCCGCCAAUUCCACAAAGAGGUAGUUACCAGAAUGUUCCAGACAGAUCUUCGCAAGGUCCACCAAUACCAGAAAGGCAUCCAGUACAUGGUCCAGGAUAUGAGAACUACACCAACAACCCAACGGGAUAUGAAAAUUAUUUCUCGAAAGGUUCACAAUUGUCAUCAAGUCCUAAACCAGGGGUAUCGCAUGGGCAUAGCUAUCAAAAUCUCCCACCUAAAGUUGCACCAAGGCGAACGACAACCCCAACUAAUUUCUCUGCGGAACAAGCAUUACCUCCUCGUAAACCAGCUGUACCGAUACGUCGAGUGAAGACGGAUACYGAACGCGACUACUUUGCCAGGCGUUCAUGAAGACAACCAUCAAUCAUGCAUCGCCGGGAUAUUAUUGAAUCGUUAAGUUCUGAUAUGAAGUAUUUCAUAGAGCUGACGAUGACGUCACAUACUACAACUAUACCAGAAUGCAUUGCCCACCCUUUGUUUUAUAAGUCUCCAAAGAGAAUAACAAAAAAAAUGCGCAGAGGUGUAGUAGCAAAAACAAAUUAUCGAGAAAUGUAUCAGGGUAUUGGGCAAUCUCAAGCCCAGCGUCUGCCGACACAUUGCCUUCUGCUAGAUGGCAAAAGUGAGGACACUGGGAACGAGAUUGGGGAUUGGGAUGCAUGAUGAUGGACAUAAAUACAUAUACGAUGCAGGGUUUUUUAAACAACUUCAAAACAUCACUAAGUGAAAAGCUUAUUAAUCCAAACACUUGAGUAUAUAUGAAGUAUAGUACGUAAAUUGAAUAAAUUGAAGAAAAAGGCACGCAACUUGCAACUAUUAUUCCUACUCUUUAUUAGAACGUUUCGGCACUUCGGCCUUCUUCAGCAAACUGAGUGUAGUAUAGUACGUAUAUAUGAGACGAAAUCGGCUUUAUCUUUGUUGGAGUAUCAAUGAAAACGCUCAAAAUGCUGUUAGAAUUUCACUAAAUUCGGUUUAUAUUCUGAAAUCUAUAGUUUACGAUUAUAAAUUUUGGACUACCUGUGAUUUUUAUUAGUUCUUUCASGUCUUGACGGUCCAGGUUCUAUGUUGAACAUAGCUGAGCKGUUWAGACUUCUAUUUCUCUCCCAAACUGUAAAAAAUAUGAUAAUCUAUAAGAGUAGCGAAUGCGUGCUCGCAAAGAGUUCUGGGAAAAAAGCGUGUCUUUGAUCGUUUGAUAUAAUCACAAUGAGAAUCUCCUUACCAUGGACAUCUUAUUACAAAACCGUCAUAGAGAAAUAGAGCAUUUGUAUUUAGUAAAAAGAAAUACGUUAACUCACAAGAACUGAUUGAUAAAGUCUGGAAUCGCCACGAUCGUCAGGAUCGCCGUGCUGAGCGAUUCCAGCUAUCGAGAUCGCUAAGAUCACCAAGAUCGCCGUGUUUCCAUAUGAUCGCUGCCGGCUAAAAUCGUUGAGCCACAUUUCGGCGAUCGUGGCGAUCCAAGCGAUUGUAACGAUUGUAUGGAACCAGCCUUAAACGUCCUAUUUCGCUAUGAUUAGGUUGUAUGAAACCAUUUUGACAAAUUGUGUCAAAAACAGUGGUGAACAAUUUGCGGCAUAGUCAAUCGAAUCUGACGCGAGAUUUUACUCCAUUAGUUUAGUUUUGUGCCCAGAGACACAAAUGCCCAUGUAAUGAUAUUUUGUACUUUUUAAAACGAUAUAUAGUAGUUGUGGCGUGAUGACAAAAACCAAACAAUUCAUCAGCCUAUUGACGAGGUAUAUAGGAUCUUGGAUCAGUCUCAAUUUGGGGAUCAGGGAUCACAUUUUAGUCAUUUUGUUAGGGCUUAAAGAUCAGAGUUUUCAAUUUGGAAUCGGGAUCAAUGUUUAAGAAUCGUUAUCCAAAAGUUAUUCAUGAUUAGCAAGGAUUGCAAGUCUAAAUUGUCGUUAUUUUGGGAUCAAGGAUCAUAGCACAAACUAUAUACCUCAGUCGUUAGAAGGCUGAAUUCAUCAGCCAAUUAAAGCUCGUGUUAUAUUUUUGAUAUCCCAUUGUGAAAAUUAGAUAUACAGAUUAUAUUUUCAUAAGAAAUAUAGAUUAUAUUUUCUUAGAUAUGUGAACAAUUUUAUAGAUUAGAUCUAUUUUUAAAUACAUUUGAUAGCGCUAUCUGUAA